CGUCCGGUCAGCACAUUCUGUCGUGCGGCGUUCGCUUGUGAAGGUAGAACUUUGAAGUCAGACUUUGUAGAGACCGGUCCGGUAGAGAUGCGCGCUUUCGGUGUUGCCAUUGUGUGUGUGGCCCUGGUGGCCGUAGUGCUGGCCGAGGCACCCCUGCCAGGCGGUUUCGGUGGUAACGGUGGCGGUGGCCACGGUGGCUACAGCAACGGUGGCGGAAACGGUGGCUACGGCAACGGUGGUGGCGCCGGCAACGGUGGUGGCGGUUCCGGUGGACCGCUGCUCCAGAAGCCGACCGGCCCGCAGACGAUGGAGGGACUGAUGAUCGACCCGCAGCUGCUCGAGCAGGUGAAGAUGGUGCUGCUGCAGCACGAAAGUGAAUCCGCCUCGAAUGGUGGUGGCUCGAACGGCCCCAGCAGCUCGUACGGUCCGCCGCGCAACACGGAACGCAUCGUUGGGCUGAUGCUGGAGCAGCCCGUCCAGAGCAUUCAGCUGGCCGAGUACUGGCAGGGCGAUCAGCAGCCACCGAGCAGCUCGUACGGACCACCGCAGUAAGCAACUCCGAAACUCUGGUGCUGAGGAGGGAAGAGAGGAGAGAAAAAAGAAAGAAAAUAAGUAAAGAAUAGGAGGAGUAAAAGAAAAAAAAUCGAAAAAUAAAUAAAA